AUGGGGCGUGUCCGGGGCGGGGCUCUGCCGCCCUUGGUCGAGCUACACUCCAGCACGGGCCCGCAGAGGCGGCUCCGGAGGGGCGGGGCCGCUCCUCCCUCGGGUCCGCUGCGAGCCCGCACCUCCCAAUUCCCGAAGCCGAAGAGGGCUAGCGGCGGCUGCUCCGCUGGGCUCCAGCCGGCGCCAAGGCGCGGCCGGGAGCGCGAGCGGGAGCGGGAGGACGAGAGCGAGGACGAGAGCGACAUUCUGGAGGAGAGCCCGUGUGGCCGCUGGCAGAAGCGGCGGGAGCAGGUGAACCAAGGGAACAUGCCAGGGAUUCAGAGCACCUUUCUGGCCAUGGACACCGAAGAGGGGGUAGAAGUGGUGUGGAACGAACUCCACUUCGGGGAUAGGAAGGCCUUUUCGGCCCAUGAGGAGAAGAUCCAGACCAUGUUUGAGCAGCUGGCGCUGGUGGACCACCCCAACAUCGUCAAGCUGCACAAGUAUUGGCUGGACGCCUCUGAGGCCCGCGCGAGGGUCAUCUUCAUCACAGAAUACGUGUCGUCUGGCAGCCUCAAGCAGUUCCUCAAAAAGACCAAGAAGAAUCACAAGGCCAUGAACGCCCGGGCAUGGAAGCGCUGGUGUACGCAGAUCCUGUCGGCACUCAGUUUUUUGCACGCCUGCAGUCCCCCCAUCAUCCACGGGAACCUGACCAGCGACACCAUCUUCAUUCAGCACAAUGGCCUCAUCAAGAUCGGCUCUGUGUGGUAUCGCAUCUUCUCCAAUGCACUUCCUGAUGAUCUCCGGAGCCCCAUCCGCGCUGAGCGGGAGGAACUUCGAAACCUGCACUUUUUCCCACCAGAGUAUGGCGAGGUCAAUGAUGGGACUGCAGUGGACAUCUUCUCCUUUGGGAUGUGUGCACUGGAGAUGGCUGUACUGGAGAUCCAAGCCAAUGGGGACACCCGGGUCACCGAGGAGGCUAUUGCUCGAGCCAGGCACUCACUGAGUGACCCCAACAUGCGGGAAUUCAUCCUCUCCUGCCUGGCCCGGGACCCUGCCCGCCGACCCUCUGCCCACAACCUCCUCUUCCACCGAGUGCUCUUCGAGGUGCAUUCGCUGAAGCUGCUGGCAGCCCACUGCUUCAUCCAGCACCAGUACCUCAUGCCGGAAAAUGUGGUAGAGGAAAAGACCAAGGCAAUGGACCUACAUGCCGUCCUGGCUGAGAUGCCCCAGCCCCAUGGACCCCCAAUGCAGUGGCGGUACUCAGAGGUCUCCUUCUUGGAGCUGGACAAAUUCCUAGAGGAUGUCAGGAAUGGAAUCUACCCACUGAUGAAUUUUGCGGCUGCCCGGCCCCUGGGACUUCCCCGUGUGUUAGCUCCACCUCCAGAGGAGGCACAGAAGGUCAAAACCCCAACGCCAGAACCCUUUGACUCAGAGACCAGGAAGGUGGUCCAGAUGCAGUGCAAUCUGGAGAGAAGCGAGGACAAGGCUCGGUGGCACCUCACUCUGCUUUUGGUGCUGGAGGACCGCCUACAUCGGCAGCUGACCUAUGACCUGCUCCCAACCGACAGUGCCCAGGACCUUGCUGCUGAACUAGUGCAUUACGGCUUCCUGCACGAGGACGACCGGACAAAGCUAGCAGCCUUCCUGGAGACCACCUUUCUCAAGUACCGUGGGACACAGGCUUGACCUUCCCAGUCCUGGCAGCCCAGCAGGGAUACCAGGGCUUAGGGUUGUCCACUUGGCAAAGAGCGCCAUACUGCUCAGAGCUGCCUUCUGCCUGUGUUUCCUGGAGCCAAUGAACACAGGCCCUGCUAGUGAAGACACCCCCUCCCCCAGCUUUCCGCAGCAGUGUGGGUCCCGGGGUGGUGAUGGAGUCCCAAGCCUGAAUGGGAGUAGAGGAUACAGGUCAUUUAGGGGAACUUCCCCAUCUGGUAUUGGACAACAGCCAUGCCUUCAAGUGACAUAAAAACCUAGGGAAGGAGUCUGAACUCAAAAGUAAUAGAGCCCCUUCGGGUGUCAAAUGCAAUACUGGGCAUCAGGCAGACCAGACUUGGCUGGAGACUCAGAGGCUAGAGAGCUUGGAGUUGGAUCCCUGGUCCCACCCAGAGCAAUCCCGAUCCCAUGCAUACCUGUCCAGAGUCCCCCUCACUGAUCUUCCACACACUUGAGACCAGGACCUGUGUCCUCCCCAGAGUCCCCCAGCAGGAUCAGCACGAUCGUUCUGUUCUUCAUUCUUGAACUGCCUGUCUUCCAGCUUCAAAUUUAAAGUCUUAAAUGUUUUUUAAAUGUAUGUAUAAAUUUAAUGCAUUCAAGUCCCUUCUUAAACAGUUCUUCAUAUAUGAAACCAGGAAAGAUCACUACUGUAUUAUUAAUAGUUCCACAUUGCUGCUGUCACAUUUAUCACAAACAUAGUGGCUUGAGACAACACUAAUACAGUUCUGUACAUCAGAAGUUUGAUACAGGCCCCCACUAGAUUAAAACCCAGUCAUCUGUGACUGAACUCCUUUCUGGAAAGGGGGGUAGAGUGGGGAUGGGGCUCACCUCCUGCUCCUUCAAGCUAUUGGUAGAAUUCACUUCCUUGCUGUGGUAAGGCAGAAAUUCCUACUUUUUUACAGCUGCCAACUAAGAACCCUUCUCAGCUUCUAGAAGCCACCAACUUUUCUUAAUUCUCCUUCCACCUUCAAGACCAGCAGCGUCAGGUUGAAUGUGUGUCCUGGACUAGCUGUCUGGUUUUCCACUGCCUGGAAGGUUGGGGCCUUUUGUGAGUAGGUUGGACCCACCUAGAUAAUCUAGGAUGAUACCCCCUCAGGGCCUGUAGCUGAAUCACACUUACAGAGCACCUUUUGCUACAGAGACUAAUCAUCCUGGGGUUUGGUGCUUAAGAGAAUGGACGUGGGCACACGCAGGGUGGGGGUGUUGCUGUGUUGCCUACCAUACCAUCUUAACCAAAACCAAAACCUAAAAUAAAGCAGAUUUGUCAUGGAACAGCUAAUAAAUUGAAUGAACACUGA